CGCCUUAUUAACAUUUCGAUCCUCUUAUUAAAGGUGUUUUGGACGCUACAAGACGGUCGCUUGUUCUUCUACAGUGUAAACAUUCAAGAUCAUCAUGUCGGUCUCUUCAGGUGACGUGGAAAUAGACAUUUCAGGAGAUAUUGACGUUCCUGCUCAAGUGAAGGAGUCGAAUAAGUCGAGUGGGAUGAGCGAACAGUCGGAGUUGGUUGUGGCCGACCCGUUUGACAUGGAUGGUGACAGUACCUACCAGGAGUCAAGUGCUCUCAAGAAGCUCCUGAUGCAGCUGCCCGUCCAACUCCAGCUGGCCUCUCCAGCUGCCAGGGAGUGGAUCACUCGCCGGAGGGAGAAUGUCCGACCGUGGUUGGUCUUCGUCAACACACAGAAGUUCAAGGUUCCACCUAAUGUGCAGAGAUGGACCAAGAGAAUGAUCAAGAAUGUAGACUACUUCCAAUCGAAUUAUAUGUUUGUUUUUAUCAUCCUCAUCCUCUACUGUCUAAUUACGUCCCCGAUGCUCCUGUUUGCUGUAGCUGCAUCCCUCGGUGCCUGUUACAUCCUGUCGCUGAAGAACGCAGAGAAGAAGAUUGUCAUAGGAGGUCAUGAAAUACCACUCGCUCACCAGUAUGGAGCUAUUGGCAUUCUCUCUUUGCCUGUGUUCUAUUUAGCAGGCGCUGGGGCUGUCUUAUUCUGGGUCCUAGGUGCAAGCUUCUUCAUCAUUGCCAUCCAUGCUUCCUUAUACAACAUCGAGAGUAUCCUUGGGUCAGAAGAUGAACCUUUUGAGCUGCAGAUGGAACAGGUCUAAAGAUGGGAGUUUGUCAUCCAGGAAAGAAAAAUCGAAGGAAGGUGUAAUGUCAGCCAAAAGGAUUAGGUGCUUGUGUGCUAUCAUUCUUUUGUACGAAAUAUAUAUAACCACAUUCAUAUUUAUAUACAUGUAUAAGUUAUUGUGGACAUUUAGUUCCAGAUUACCUGUAUUAAAAUAACAUAAUAUCUGUGUAAAUUAAUAAAGAAGAGUAAGGUGCUUCAACAACACCUGUGCUAAAGUUAUAUUGCUUUAAGUUGUGUACCUGUCCUAAGUUGUGAAAAUAAAAUAUAACAGAGGUAAAGAUAUUGCACAUGAGACCCAUUGCAUGUCUUUCAGGAUAUUACAGGAAAUAUCCUAGAAACCUAAGACUAUACCAAAAAUAUCAAACCGAAAACAUUUAAGAGAAAGCUAUGCUUAAAACUAUUCUUAUUCUGUUGUUAAUGUUUCCUAGAUUUUUCAGGUAAUGCAGUGGGGAGUGAGUUACAUGAACUAUUUAUUUUAGGAAUUACAAGUAUUUUGACAUAAUUGAUAUUGUAUUGAACCAAAAGGGUUUUUUUUUUCUUCUUUUCUUUUCUUUCUUUGAUUUAGUCUAGCACUGCCAUCAUUAGAAGUACUUGUAUCAUUAUUUUCAUUAGAUAAGAAUGGUCAGAUAUUGUUUUUAAGAAUGUACAAUGAUACUUUUUUACAAUACUAUACAGGGAUAGGCAUAUAUUUUGGCAUUUUGUCCACUUCAACAGCAUAAGGACAUUUACUACUAUUUAAAAAAAUCAUAUAUAAUUUUUUACAGACCAAAUGUGAAACUUGAAGAAAUAGUACAUUACAAAACAACAAAGUGCCCACAUAUUUCUUUUUGUUAGACUUGAUUGUAUGCUAUAUAUAUGCUUUCUAAAUUUAUUGAUCAGUCAGACCAUGUUAUGAGCGUAAUGAAACAUUUUGAAUUUUAACUUGUCUUCUCACUCUCUUUUCUUUCUUUCUUUCUUUUUUCUUUCUCAUCGUUGCCAGUCAGUAAAUUGUCAGUGAAUCAAGUGACCUGAGAAAUUGUAUAUUUUUCCAAUAGAAACUGACAGUUUACCUGAAGACUUGUUAAGUAAUUUGGCCUUCUUAAUGGCAAUCAACAUAGAACAAAAAAAUUAAGUUUUAGGAAGCAAUGUUUUCAGUUAUAUAAGAUAAGACGAGCAUGCACAGGCAAUUGGAGAUACGAUUAUGAAACUCCCCAAAACAAAUACUAUAUGCAGCAGUUACUGGGCUAAUACAGAUGGGAAAAUUUGUUUUUUACACUUUCAAAAGAUGUUUCUAUAUACUUUGAAUUCUUAUUGUGUUUAGAUAUAAGUAUGUUUACUUAUUGAUGUUAUUUGUUAUAUUAGCAAAAUGUGUUGUGUUUUACAUUGGGAAGAUAUUGUGAAAUGUAUGAACAACAUAUGCUUAUGGGUAUUAAGAAUGUGUUUUUGAGAGGCACAAGAUAUUUAUGAAGUUGAA